UGGAGAAUCCCUCAUUGGCCGCACCACCACCGCCACCACCUCAUCGACUCACGCCUCCUCCUCCACCACCACCCACCAACACCGCACAGAACGCUCUCUCGGAGGUUUACGUCCUGCGCUCAGCGAAUGAGCGUCGUCCUGCGAAAGUGUUUGUUUUUAGCUUCUUUUUUUUUAUGGAUUUAGCUCCGUACGCUUCUCUCCUUAACUAGCAUUGGGAUUUCCCACUUUGGAUGGACGGAUGGAGGAACGCUCCACACACGCAACGCAAAGAGAGGGAAACAUGCAGCUGACAGAAGCCCAGCGACGGGGACCCUGACCUGAGCCACCGGUGAACGACUGCGUCUCAUUCAUAGGGGGGUACUUUAGUGGAAGUAUAGGAAAAUAAUACGUUCGUUUUCUCUGCAAUAUUUCGUGUCGACCGACUCUGAGUGCAUGUUUCGGCUGUGUUUAUACACGUCCAUGUUGGCCCUAAUAAAACGAAUCCAGUGUAAACUCCCACAACUUGGUUCAGUCGAGUUUCGCUCGUUUGGGACGCUCACUUUUUUUUUAAACUGAACUGAAAAUCAGAAUAGUUUGACGUGGUGAGAAUCAGCAUGGCUAAAAAGUCCUUCGAGGGACACCGGGAUGACCUCCUGAGCAACGUGACGGACGAGGAGCUCCUGCGGAGCGGCAAAGAAGACCUGGUCCGGAGACUGCGACGGGUGGACGGCGAGAAGAUGAACCUGAUGAUCGAGCAGGGGAACUUGAUGAAGGACAUCAACAGGCGUCUGCAGGUGCACCUUCAUGAGAUCCGGAGCUUGAAGGAGAUCAACCAAAAGCUACAGGACGACAACCACGAGCUGCGGGAGCUCUGCUGCUUCCUGGACGACGACCGGCAGAAGGGCAAGAAACUGUCCCGCGAGUGGCAGCGGUUCGGCCGCUACACGGCCACCAACAUGUGGAAGGAGGUCGGCAACUACAUGAUGAAGCUGAAGGAGCUGGAGGUCAACCAGGACAGCGUGGCGCGGGAAAACGGCGAGCUGAAGGAGAUCAUCCUCAUGCUGGACGAGGAGAGGAACGGAGCCGGGUCACGGAGCUCCAUAGACAGUCAGUCCAGUUUGACCAACCUCAACGGUGGCACUGGUACCGUCCGGGACGUCGGGGACGGCAGCAGCACGUCCAGUAGUACCGGUAGUGCUGGCAGCCCCGACCACCAGCACCACCACCAAAACAACAACCACAUCCACAGCGACGCGCACAAGCCCGGCCCUGAGGGCACUAAAGUAGGCAACACUAUGAGGAGGUCCAUGGAUGACUUGUCCGCCGCUAACCAUCAUAGGAGCAUCCCCAAUGGGCUGAACGACUCCUCAACUCACUACAUCAGACAGCUGGAGACUAAGGUGCGAAUCCUAGAGGAUGAUAACAAUAAGCUUCUGUCACAGGCCCACAGCCGCUCUAGCUUGUCACAGUUACCUACCAAGAAGUGCAACCCAGGUGACCUGCGAGCCCUGCGGAAAGGACUGACCCUCUACCACUCCGAGUCCCAGCUGUCCUCUCUGCCGCAGCGACAGGAAGCCAUGCUCAUGGGCAACGGGCGUCUCCCCACCAGUGAGUCUUCCCCCCCCACCGGCUACCUGUCCUGCGGCCAGAAGCCUGAGGCCGUGGUCCAUGCAAUGAAGGUGCUGCAGGUGCAUGAGAACAUGGACAAGCCCCUCCCUGAGGACUAUGAGGAGGACCUGAGCGAGAAGGAGAAGGCCAUCGUUCGGGAGAUGUGCAACGUGGUGUGGAGGAAGCUGGGCGAUGCCGCCGGAUCAAAGCCGUCUGUCCGACAGCAGCUCUCUGGGAAUCAGUUCAAAGGGCCUCUGUAGCAUGGCAACCACAAAGAGCGUCCUGUGUUCAAACUGAAUCCACUUCGUAUUACCUGCCUACACUUCCCAUCAUGCCGUGCUCCUUACUGCCUACCGUACCCAGUACCUGCCACUUUUUCGUCAAUACACAAGACUGGAUCGAGAUAGGUUCCCCUCAAACUUCAGAGUGGGACUUGUAGUCUCCACCCUCUCCAGUGGUACAACCCUAUUAUGUGUAAAAAUGUUUUUUUAUUAGGCCUCAUAAAAGUGUUGACAACUGGCAGCUAGUUUCACUUCUUUGCCACUUUCUUUGUUUCACUUUCGGCUUUGGUUUUAUUGUACGUUAUUUUGUACCUCUCAUAAACACACAAAAACGUGGGUCACAUAAAACAUUAUCUGUGACCCGUUUUUUUAUUUUCACUUUAUAAUCCUUGACAUUCACACAUGUACCAGUUCGAGCUGUCUGGUAAUGCUGACGUGGUGUCAAGCCAACAAGAAUUUAGGACGCUAAUGGUCCAACCCAGUCUCAUGGAAAUACGUGACACUGUCACGUCACGUCAUUUAGUCUAUUCAUUCGUGAUCUGGGACACGUAUUUUUCAAUUUUUUCAUGCCAAAAGCACCAAAAAAAUGGCAAGAUUUUUUUUUAAUUACGUGUCCCAGAUCACGAAUGUAUAGAUUAAAAGACGUGACAGUGUCACGUAAUUCCGUGAGAAUGGGUUGAAUGGUCCGAACACUUUAGAAGCGAGACAUUCGUGUUAAGGCAAUAUAUAGACCCCAUACCAGCUACCCUAGCUCCCUUUGAAAUUAGCUCCUUCACUCCUUAUUGCGCCAUGAGUGCUAUUAGCAUUAGCCUCUCAAGUUGUUAACCAAGUGAGUCCCCAGUGUGAUCUUGCACCUUCUGCUCGUUACGCAGGUCUAUUCAAACGACAGUAGCCUAUAUGGAGCACUGUUAACGUGUGUAUAAUAUGUACAAAUCUAUAGCACUACUUGGUUGAUAUUGAUAAUAUCUAGUUGAUUUUUAGUUCAUAUCGUUUUUGUUCUUUUUGUAUGUAUCCUUGUGUGGCCAUGUGAUCAAAUAUUAUAUAGACCUGUCGUUUGCCAAACCAGACGACUGGAUUAUGAACAGGGUUUUUGAUUUGAAUGAACCUUUUCACAGUUCCUUUUGUUUUUUUGGCUGAAAAUGUGUAAAGAUAUUUUUUUUAUUAAAUCACCUCAAUCAGUAUACACUCGACAAUCACGCUCUCAGGUUUGGGGGUCUUUUCCCUUGCCCAUCUGUGUGUCUGUGUGUGUCUGUGUCUGCGUGUGCGUGUGCGUGCCUCCAAACGCGAGCUAAUGGAGUUAAGACUUGCUCUUCUGAAAUUGUAGUAUGCUUGAUAAUCUUGUUUUUCCCCCCCAAUUAUCGGACCCUACUUCUGACACAAUUAGAAUCUGCUGAAGACAUUUGCUACAUCAUCAUCCUAGGCCGUCACACAAAGGUGAUUGAAAAUUAAUUUUUUGAUAAUCUCAUAGCACCCUGAGAUACAAUGGAGAGUCAACUAUUGACAUCCAACUAUCCAAACCGAAAAUGUUUUGCGUACACCUUGUUUUGUGGAUUCAGCAGAUGUGUUUGAGCAGGGCAUGCUUUUGAUUUAAUUUUAUUCCAUUUUUGGUUCAUACUGUAAGAUUGAUUAAGUCUACCCUUAGAUGUCACUUUUAACAGGAAUUUCUCCUUGAUGUCAGAAUGAACAAGCACUGUUAGCCAAUAUGUUUAUGUUAAGUCUAUGAUUUGCGAUUCAAUUGGAAAAGUGACCUCUGUUUUGGCCUCUAUGUCCUACAGCUCAGGAUCUUCCAUUUCCAGUUUUUAGUUGUACGAAGUGUAGUUAAGGGUGCUUUCCGUUCUUAUAUCUCAAACCAUUGGUCUGCAAAAAUCUUCAUUUCUUUUAUGUAAUUUUCUACCCAUUUGAAGCCAUGAUACAGUUGUAGACCUACAUUCUGUUUGAUCUGUAACCUGCCACUUGUUUUAUGCAUGGUGUUCUGAAUUGGAAUUAUUCUUUUUUAUUUAAUGUCUGUCGUUUUUCAUGCAGAUGUGCAAAACCAUGACACAGAAGUUAUAGAAUAUACCAUGUAAAUGUCGAUUUCUGUAGCAAAGGCAUGAUUUAUGAAACACACCAAUAUCAGGUAUUGGCGGCUAUAAAUAAAAUAAAUACACACGACUUUUAGCGGU